CACUAACUACUAUAAGAUUCAUAUUCAGAUACACAACUCUAUAACUCAUUUCAAUUCUCUUAUCAAAGAUGUGGAUCAACAAGUUUUUCUUCCUUCUUCCAAUUGUAUGCAUGGCCGUGUUCAGUACAGCUCAAACGGUUCCUUCGCAACCUCCACAGGACCCAUCAGAUUGUUUGUCAUCGCUGGAAACUAUUCCGGACUGCAUCCCAGAGAUAUUCCGAUCGAUAAUAAGUGGACAGAUCGGGAGUAUUGGACACUCUUGCUGCCAUGCCUUUUUGGGCAUCAGUACCGAAUGUGCCUCCCACGUGUUUGUCUUCGCUCCCUUCUUCCCUCCGACUCUAAGGGAUCAUUGUUCCCGACAACAUUAGUGCCAAACUCCUUUGGAAGGGGUUUAUUAUUAUCAUACUACAUGUUCUAAGGCCAUAAAUAUUGUGAUAACAAAAAGUGUUAUGUUUAUGCUUAAUAAAAAAAGCAUCUUAUUAGAGAUAAAUAUUAAGUUCCAUGAAAACACUCCGACAAUCUUUAUCCAU